AUGGACGAAACAACAAAGCAACUCCAAGCUUAUCUCCCCUCCCACCUCCUCCGUGCAGCCUAUCUGGCAGGCAAGAUCCCUUUCCGAGCCUGUCAAGCAGAUCCACGAGUCUCGUACACGCUCUACGUCCCCGAGGACGCAUACAGCGCGGCGCAUGAAGCUAUACAAGAGGACCGCUUGCGUGAGCACGAUCGUCUUUCCCUCGUCGUCAACAUCCACGGGACACGGCGCGAAGCACAGCUCUGCAGAGACUCCCUUAUCAAGUACGCUGACCAACAUGACUGCGCUAUCCUGGCACCGCUGUUUCCUGCAGCGCUGGAUGGGCCUUUGGAUCUGGACUCCUACAAGAAGCUUCGCAGUAGAAGUCUGAAAUCGGAUGAGGUUCUACUCAGCAUUAUCGAGGAGGUGCAACAACUCUGGCCCGCGAUUUACGCCGAGAAAUUCACGUUGCUCGGUUGUUCUGGAGGCGGACAGUUUGUUCACCGGUUUAUGUACCUCCAUCCAGAGCGGUUACAGAGAGUCUGUGUCGCGGCUCCGGGAGGCACGACGAGGGUUGUCGAUAUGCCUUGGCCACAUGGUACGCAAGAUUUGGAGGCGAUCUUCGACGGGAAACGUAUGGACUUGGAGGAAGUAAGGAAGAUCGAGGACAUCCUCAUCAUCGUCGGGCUGAACGACCGUGACAUGGAUGAACAAGCUGAGUUGAAACAGUGGCUACACGCGAUGGCGAGGAAAGGUGCAACAAAAGUCGCCACUGGAGAUAUUCCCACUCAGAGCCGCCUCCAGACUUGUAAAGACUUGCAACAGAAUUGGCUUGACAAUGGCAUACAAGCUUCCCUGGAGAUCGUUCCGGGUGUUGCUCACGGCUACCAGGGUUUGCUGCCUGCCAUAAUCACUUGGUUGAGGAGAGGGGGCUAG